AUGGUGUUUCCUUUAACUUUGUUAAAAUGUUCUCAAAAUCAACCAGUGAUGGUUGAGCUAAAGAAUGGAGAAACAUAUAGUGGAUUUUUAGUAUUUUGUGAUCGAUUUAUGAAUUUGCAUAUGAAAAAUAUAAUAUGCACAUCAAAAGAUGGAGAUAAAUUUUGGAAAAUAUCUGAAUGCUAUGUUAGAGGAAGUAGUGUGAAAUAUAUUCGAGUGCAAGAUCAAGCUAUAGAGAAUGCCAUUGAGGAAACAGCUGAACAAAAAUCGAGGAACGCUGGAAGAGGCCGAGGUGGCGUAAGAGGAAGUGGACGUAACAGAGGUCGAGGAUUUGGAAGGGGAACAGACAAAAGAGGCGGAAGAGCUGGAAAUAUAAGAACAGCUGGACGAGGAGGAUAUUAA